UAGAGGAUGUUGUUCGUUUUUUUUUUUUUUUCCUUCUACAGGAGUUGCCGAUCCAAAGGCCUGGCUCAGGAGUGAUCCUGAGCCACCUGUACCAUAAAGAUCAAGAUCAGAGAGGGAGAACGACCAGCAUUACCACCACCACCAUGAUCAACACCGGGAAACUCGCAGGACGCACCCUCUUCAUCACUGGGGCCAGCAGGGGCAUUGGCAAGGCCAUUGCCCUCAAGGCUGCCAGGGAUGGGGCCAACAUUGUGGUGGCCGCCAAGACGGCUGACCCUCACCCUAAGCUGCCUGGCACCAUCUUCACAGCAGCCAAGGAGAUUGAGGCAGCGGGAGGCCAAGCGCUGCCCUGUGUGGUGGACGUGAGAGACGAGACCUCUGUGCAGGGGGCUGUGAACGAUGCCGUGAAGCAGUUUGGCGGCAUUGACAUCCUAGUGAACAACGCCAGCGCCAUCUCCCUCACUGGCACACUCAGCACCCCCAUGAAGAAGUACGACCUCAUGCACCAGAUCAACCUGCGAGGGACAUACAUGGUGUCCAAGCUGUGUGUGCCUCACCUGCUCAAGAGUCCCAACCCUCACAUCCUCAAUAUCUCCCCACCUCUCAACAUGAAGCCGCGCUGGUUCCGGAACCACGUGGCAUACACCAUGGCCAAGUAUGGCAUGUCCAUGUGCAUCCUGGGCAUGGCUGAGGAGUUCAAGGACGACGGCAUCGCCUGCAACGCACUUUGGCCGCGCACUGCUAUCAUCACAGCUGCCAUGGAGAUGCUGGGCGGGGACGAGGUGGACAAGCAGUGCAGAAAGCCAGAGAUCAUGGCGGACGCUGCUUAUGCCAUGCUCUCCAAGGACUCCAGGACAUACACAGGACACUUUGCUGUGGAUGACGAGGUGCUGAAGGCCGAAGGAAUCACUGACCUGGACCAGUACGCUGUGGAUCCCACCUGUCCACUGAUGCCUGACUUCUUCUUGGACGAAUUUGAUACGGCAGCAGUCGAGCAAGCACAGAAACUCGGCGCCAAACCCAAGUUUAUGGACGGCAAGAUUGCAGACUCAGAGAAACCCGUGGCAGCAGCAGGCGGCCAGGUGGCUCAGGUCUUUGCCCAGAUUGAAACCUUCCUGAAUCCUGAGCUGGUGGACAAGACCAAGGCUGUGUUUGCGUUUGACGUGUCUGGGGAUGAGCCUGGGAAGUGGUACAUUGACCUGAAGAAUGGCAGUGGUGCAUGUGGCCAGGGCGACCCUCCAGCCACCCCUGAUGCCACCUUUGUCAUGAACAGCAAUAACUUCUUCAAGAUGUUCUCUGGCUCCCUCAAGCCAACCACCGCCUUCAUGACUGGGAAGCUCAAGAUUUCUGGAGAUAUGGGCAAGGCACUUAAGUUGGAGAAACUGAUGGGAAAGCUCAAGUCAAAAUUGUAAGGGUUUCUGAUGGGUUCUAGUUUGGAAUUAUGUUCAGAUCAGAUGGCAAACUUUUGGAGGCUAGGAUAAGUGUAUGGGAUUGUUCAGGUUCAUGUUGUAAAAGGAAUCUUGUGGAAUUGUACUGAUGAAAAGAAAGUUAAUUUGCAAGAUUCUGAGAGACUGAGAUAUAAGUUCAAAGUGUCAGACUUUAUGAGGAUAUAUUUGAGGUUCAAACUGUAAGUAAGAUAUUGAUUAAUCCAAGUUCAUUGAAAAACUGAAGUCCAUUUUGUGAUUAAGAUUUUGAUACAAGUUCACAAGAUACACAAGAAUUUAUAUUUAACUGAAAUGGUUUCCUGUAUUUAAUUAUGUGUUGGUUUGAUUGUUUUUAGUUUUUAGUAAAUAUAUAGAUUGCACUGUGGUCAUACACCUCAGUGAGAAAAAGUAAAAAAAAAAAGAAAAACUAGAAAGUAGGAUUAAUUUUUCUUUUUUUUAUAGGAUCAAAUUUAUUAACUAAAAAAAAAAACAUGUACAUAUAAGCAGCCACAGAAGGAUAUAAUUAACUGUAAAACUGUAAAACUGAAAAUAAGUCAAUUUGGGUGUCAUGAUGAAGCUACGAUGAGUACACAGCAUCUCAAGCAGCAACACAUCUAACUACAGUGCAAGAAGUCCUGUGAUUGAAUCCUUGUCAUGGCUGAGACUCUGUCAUGACUGCCUGCUCCAAGGUUCACCCAGCCUUGAAAUGGGUAUUGGUCAGCUAGGACUGGGAACAUGAAGGUGGCAGAGAGAUGAACUGACCUACUUAUUCCAUACACUGAGGAGCAGGAAGGGUGGUGCUAAGAGCUCAAUACUGUGACACUUGAGAACACUCCUUCAUCCUAUAUUUAUUCAUGAAGAACUACUGGAGGAGAUUCCAGGAGAUAUGGCAGAGAGAGGAACUGACCUACAUAUUCCAUGCACCGAGGACCAGGAAGGGCGGUGCUAACAGCUCAAUAACAAGACACAAUUGAAAACACACUUAUCAUGCAUUUAACAAAGAACUAGUGCAGGAAACCAAAGCAAGAGUGUUUGAAAUGUGCAAGAAGAAGGAACAACACCAGAAGGGUAUAACAAACUUGAAAAAAAAACGAAGAUCAAUAAGUUGUACUGAUACAGAGGCAAUACUCUGACCAACUGGAAUGUGUGUAAAUGGAGGUAGGAGAAUAUAAACAAGAAUAAUUCUGCCAGACAUUCAAUUUUUUUCCUAUAGUUUUGUCAAGUAUUCUUUCUUAGGACUGGUGUGACUGCUAGGUUCCUGAAUGCCUUCCUCCUGGGUGUAUGUGGGUGUAAAUUUUGUCCCCAGUGUGUGGAAUUUCAUUUCUGGUUGCAAGCAGCACAAUAACAAUGCAAUAUUUUCAUAAGGAACAGUUUUUAAAAGUCUAAUACUGUUAAUAUUAGUCAUAUAUAUAUAUAUAUAUAUUCUUUAAUAAAGCUGUCAAUAUUC